AAUAAACCACGCCUCACCCUAAAACGCCAAAGUUUGCUCGCUCCCGUUCCUUCGCUGUCUCCGACGCUGGGAAAAGAAACCUCGGUUCGCCGUCGAAGUGUCCAUAUUUAUCUCGCGGUUAACCCGCGGCUGAGCCAUACACUCAUCCAUGGGAAAUCUUCUCCAGGAGAAUAUGUUCGCAGGCCACGCCAUUGCGGCCGCCGGCUCCGUCGCCGUCGCCUCCUCCUUCACUCAUCCCCUCGACACCCUCAAGACGCUCCUCCAGGUUGGUGCGGGGUCUGCGCAAAAAUUGAGUAUCGCUCAGGUGGUAGAAAGCGUUCGAUCGGCGUCAGGAGUUUCAGGUAUAUAUAGUGGGUUUGGAUGGUCAACACUUGGUAAGAUUUCAGGCAUAGGAGCACGCUUUGGAAUCUAUGAAAUAGUGACAGCUUUUUAUAAAGAUGGAAGGGAAGACAACUACGUGUAUGUUUCUGAGGCCCUUUUGGCUGGCAUAGCUGCUGGUGCCAUAGAAUCUGUUAUGUGUACUCCAUUUGAACUUCUUAAGCUUCGUAGACAAGUUUCAGCAACACGCAUUAAAACUUCGAGCUCUCAUAAGGCUAUGCAAGAAUCAACUCCACUAAUUUCAAAACUGUUACCUGGUUAUACUCCUGGUAUCAAGGCAUGGAACAAUACUGUGGGCCUUUUGUCCACUCUUUCACCCAAGCAUCCAGACAUGGUUGGUGUGCUGAAACAGUACCCUUGGAUGCUGACUGGUUCCGGGAGGCCACCACUUGCAUCUGAUGUUAAAGGUCCUUUCAAUAUCAUAUCCUUGGAAGGAUGGAGUGCUUUAUGGAGAGGACUUCGACCAGGAAUUGCUCGGGACUGUGUAUUUGGCGGUGUUUUCUUUUCCACCUGGCAAUUCUUUCAUAUAGCUAUGCUUAACUGGAAGGCUCUUGAUAUAAACCCUCCUCCCAGGUCAAUCGAUGAAGUAGGUCCUGUAUCCCCAUUGGCUUCUAGUCUUGCUGCUGGCUUUUCUGGAAUGGCUGCUGCUGCUUCUUCUCACUCAUUUGACACUGCCAAAAGUCGAUCACAAUUUAUUGUUACACCGAAGUCAGAUUGGCUACACAUCAAUGUCUAUCGAACCAGGCUGAACCGCUGCUCGGGCAGUGCCGAACCGGAUUGGUUCGUCCAAUACAUUCGGUUUCAGGCCCGUACUGGCUGGAACCUCUACCGAGCCUGCCGGAAUCGACCGUACAUGGCCAUGGAGAGGAAGCUUCUUCGAUGGAAAGCACCUGGAAUUUGGCUAGAAAGAGUGACAGGGAUGUCUCCUGCUGAUAGGAAUAUCAUGUUCCGUGGUCUUUGGUUGCGGAUGGUGCGUAGUGGAAUUGCAUCUUCUGCACUUGUUGGAAGUUACUUAUUGGCAGUUGAAUAUCUCUUUUAACUGCCAUUUGACUGAGGUUGGAAGCAUCAGAAAACAGGCAGUGGCCCCCCUAAACAAUCUAAACAUGAGAUCUGUUUGCAUUACAGGUCAUUUUGCCUCAUAUUGUUCUAUAAGUCAAGACUGAGUGGGUCAGCAUACAAGAUAUCGCGUAGCCUAUCGACAUGCUCCGCGAAUGUUCGGUGGGAUCAAAAUUACCAAGAGGUGCAGUUUCACCGGAGCAAGUAGUUUUGAGAGAAUUACAUUUCAUUGCUGCUGGAUGUUUGGAUAACAACCUAUUAGUUAUAUUCAGAAGCAAAUCUGUUAGGAGUUCAUAUGUUCAUGGUGUACUUUUAUCUAAUUAUUCUGAUUUUGAUGAUAUCAAGUGAAGUUCGGACGGUGGCCACUGUCUAUGACAAGAAGAUUUGUGAGCUUGUUAUAUGAAAUCUUAUCAACAUUGAAUAUCCAGAAAUUUUGAACAUUCUAGUAGAACUGUUAUGAUUUGAUUGCAAACAAGGAGAGCCAGGGGGCAAUUGCGCCCCCUUGAACUUCUGGAUUUCCCUUGUUAAGUGGCUGUUUCAGCUAGGUUUCUCUCUGGUUUUAUGAAAAUUUUGG